AUGAUGCAAGCGAUGGCAGAAACAAUGGUGGUGCCAAUGGAUUACACGGUGCUGGGAUCAAAGAUUGGAAAGGGCUUUGGACACAUGAAAGCAGAUGAAUGGAAGUCUUGGGUUCUGCCAAGUAUCACAUUCUCUGACCUCGAUGAUGCCCAUCAGCUUCUUCAAGAAUUUUGUAAUGGAUGCAAGUGUAUUUACACCGCUAAUGUCCUCACCUGCAAUAUGCAUCUGCACCCCCAUCUUCGCGAGACCGUUCGUGAUUUUGGACCCGUGUAUCGCUAUUGGCUCUUUGGGUUUGAGCGAUAUAAGGGUUUGAUAAAGAACGUAAGCACGAACAGAAAAGAUUCUUUUGAGGCUACGUAUAUGCAGAGUUUUGUCCAAGAUACUUUCAAGGGUGACUAUGUUAAUGUCGUUCUCCAAUGUCCGAGCCAAGUCCCCUUUCUUCCGCUUCUCGGCAAGCUUACUGCCACAGCUCAACCAUCCAGUUCAAAAAACAAGAUGACUUUUCCACAACGCCCGUUCAGAUUAGCAGCCUUCGUCCACGCGUACUCAAACCCUUCUCUUCCAGUCCUGGGAAAUGAACCUCUUCCUCCCUCCACGUUUCCUCUUCACAUAAAGCCCUCGUCAGCAAUGAGUAAUGUCGACUAUCCUCAUUUGCUUGAUUAUUAUAAAGUCGCGUAUCACAUUCCUGGUCUUGAAAGUUACCAAUUUCCGUCCUCCUCGCUCUCCUUUGUCGACAAUCAGAGCACAAAGUUGAGAUCAAUUAAUUUGCUUGGUCAGGUUUACAAAGGUAGCAAAUAUGCUUCUGGUCGCGGCUCAUUUGUUCAAUCUCUGUUCCUUGGAAGUCAAGGCAAUAAUCGGUUGGCAUACACUGGCCAAAUUCAGUAUCUGUUCUUGCACUCUUUCACUCCACCAGUAGUCAACACAGAGCUCCAAGCACGUAUCGUUUAUCAAGAUAAACACGUGUUUGCGUUUGUUAAGUGGUUUCAGAUUGAGCAUAACCGUUCAAGAGAGUUGGAAAGUGUCAACAUCUGCAGUGCAGAUUUUAUUGCGUGUGAUUUUGAAUGCAUCUUGCCAGUACAUCGGAUAUCAUCAGUUGUUGCAACAUGUAAUUAUAAAACCAGCGCAAAUAAUAAGAAAACACUUGUCAAUGCAUUACCAAAGGAGUUAUUAGUGUUUAAAACAAAAAUAUUUAACUACAUUGAACUUUUAUUCCAAUCCAUGCUUUACUAUCCUAGUACAGAAAGUGCCCGCCUUAGAAUAUACAGUCAAUAUAACGUUCUGAGAUGA